AUGAGAACCACUCGUGCCAAAUCAGGAUCUGGAUCCGCCUCAAAAUCGGCCACAUCAGCAGCCCAACCUGCGAUACAAACUGACAAAUCAAAGUCGCAAGCGAAGACGUCGAGGAAACACAACCAAGCAACUGCUUUGGGUGACACAACUAGCACUAAUGCCGGUGGAAGAAAGCAACAAAAAGGAAAUCCUGCCACUGAUGCGGACAAUAAUUUAACUGCAAAUCAAGCUGGAGACACUCAACAAUCGAAUUCUGCACCCGAGCCGACCAACAAUAAUCCAAUUGUGUCACUUUCAAAUGAAACCUUCAGUAACGAUGUGGAAGAGUUUGACAAGACUUUCACUCUUCAAAACAUCAGUACUAUUGGGAGAACUUGGAUGGGAUCUCGUGUUCAGGCAAUGAUCAACGCAAGGGAGAAGUAUGCGUCGCACAUACCUUCCGAGAUUCUAUCGGCGGCAAAGAUAGCUAGACAUAAUUAUCGGAAAGCAAAGCUGCUGUUUGCUGGACUUGCCAAAGUGAAACUCGAAACUUUGGAAGAUAAACUUGGCGAAGGAGUAACUAAUCCUCGGUCUCGUGAUGCCUUUCGCCGUUUCAUGGCGUAUGGGAAAGACUCCCUAAAGCUUCGCAUGCCAUUAAACGGAGGAGAGAGGAUGGUAUUGGCAGUUCGAAACAAAAAGGCUGGCCGACUUUGGACAGAAACUUACACUACCGAUCAACGCCGAGUUUUCAUGGACAAAUAUUUUUUUGCGUUAGCAGGCAUUCCCAAUCUUGAUCGGCCAACUGACGAGGAACCUGAACCGGACGGAGCUGCUCCACAAGUACCUUUGCUGACUCUUGAAGAUGAAGAAAAAUAUCGCCCUAUCUACGAUGAACUAGUCGAUCACGCCAAAGUCAUUCGGUGUGAAGGCAAAUGCCACUCUGGAAAGGAUAUGAAUAAACGCUCCUUAAAGCGUGUUAGACAGCUUGGUAAACUUCUUGCCCGUGAUGGCGACCGAUUAAAAUUCAAGUAUGCCUUCCUAGCUGCCAGUGCCCAUCCUCCAGCUAAAGACACCGGGACUGGAUGGUCUCGGAAUAUUUGCAACUGUGGCGCAGGGAGAGUCGAUGAUCAAAGCGAUCUCGCAUAA